CAAAACUCAGUGAGAUUUCCUGUCCUUGGCCAGUCGGCAGCUAACCACUUUAAAUGCAUACUCUGGGGACUUCAGCUUUGAGGGUACUGAUGUCCGUCAACAUCCUGGUAUCUGCCUCAACAUUCAGUUCAUCUGUGAAAGGCAAGCAGAGAAGUCUCACACUUCCUGCAGAAGCUAACUCUUCUCUGUCCGUACUUGUGGAUACAAAGGCUGUGCUCCUUUGUCCUCCUGACAACCCCACAGCUUUGGUGGUAACAUGGACAAUAAGCCCCAGAGACCAGCCUCCCUGCACUAGAGUCCACAGGAGAGACAACAAUGAGACCAGUGUAAGAAACUGUACUGAUGCGAGAAUAUCCUGGGAGUCCAGACCUGAUCAGAAUCCUGCCCUUCAGAUUGACCCCGUGGCCCUCAUUCAUGAUGGAUAUUACAGGUGUGAAGUGGCUGCAGAAGAAGGGCAUUUCAGUCAUACAUAUUACCUCCGAGUGUUAGUGCCCCCCAUGGUGACCCUGUUUCGAGGCAGCAAUGAAACCAUCAUGUGCAGGGCAGCUGCAGGGAAGCCAUCUGCACAGAUCUUCUGGACCCCAGAGGGAGAUUGUCACACUGAGGAAGAGCCACUGGGCAAUGGUACAGUGACCGUCCAGAGUACAUGCCACUGGGAGGGCCGCCAGGUGUCUAAUGUGUUCUGCUCUGUCUCCCAUGUGACUGGCAACAAGAACUUGAACUUCACCUUGAAUCAAGGUGUCAUAACUCUGGAAUUUCCAGCAUCAGACUUACUGAUCAUUCUCUAUGUGAAAUUCUCUCUGUUCUUGGUUAUCCUGGUCACUGUGGGAUUCAUCUACUUCAAGAAAGCAAAUGAUUGCAGUGCAUGAAAAUUGAAAAAUCUGGAAGUCAAUUUAGAUUUGAUGAGGCAUCAUGAAGAUCAGACCUGGGGUUUAGCGUCUAACUCAACUGCUCCUGUUACUAUUUGCUACCUUUGUGUUUAUGUGAAUCACUAUGAUAGCUGUAAAAUCCUGUGUCAAACUCUUAGCAAACAUGUAUUUAUACAUAAGCCAAGGCUUGCUGCCUGCCAUUAUAAAUGCCUGGGAUGACUCAUCUACCUUCCCCUUCGCCUUACUGAGUUCUUAUUUGCAAACAAGAAAUAGCCCAGCUUCUUAGCCUAAAGAGGAAGAUGGCUCAGGAAAUGGCAAAUUACAAUGCUUUGCAGUUUUUCUAUACCCCUUUGGGUUCUUUGGAUAGUGCUUUCCUUGCUUCUUGUUUCCUCUUGUUUCCUCUGCCCUUUUAAGAUGCUAAAUAAUGUUGCAAUGUCAGAAGCUACUACAAACACUGCCUUCUGGUUGACCUGUAGCCAACUUCCCAUCCCUUUCUUGCUUGCUAGCAAUUAGUACAUGUUUGGCCUGAUUAUUGAAAAAAUGGCCAGAAGUCAUUUUUAGUAGUACCUUUACUGCUGAAGGAAUUUUAAGUGGAUCCUAAAUAAAGAGCUCUUAGAGUCAUUGGAGACUAUGCUGAAUGUAACCUCACUUUUAGAGCUCCAAUGUCUCAAUUCUCUCCUAUCUGUACUCCAGGUUGGAAUGAAUUAAUGGUAGGAAGGUUAAGAGUUCUUGGUGAAACCUCAACAUCUAGGGCCACUGUAAACUGGAACCCUAUCUUCAUUGGUACACAUGGCAACUCUAUAGUAAAAAGUAUCCUUUUAUUUAAAGGAAAAAUUUCUUGUGUAAGGUGGCAGGUGAUUCAAGCAAUUACUUUUAUUUUUAGCAAGUCUCAGAAGGAGAAAAUGAAUGCAUACUACAAUCUGGAAGAUAAUAUAUAAGUAAGAUAAUCUAAUUGUUGAAACAAACAACAUCUCAAUCUCAGUGUAUUCAUACCACGAAAGUUUAGUUUUUGCUCACUUCAUAUCAUAGGGCAGGUUAGUGGAUCUAGGGGAGGGAACAGGAAUGGUUCUGCUCUAAGGUAGCACUUUAUCCUCUAACUCUUCCCUUCUCAAAGUGUUCUCCAUUCAGCUGGUGAAUGGGAAAAAGAGAGAAUGAGGGAUUUUAUAUAGGAGGUUUUUAUGAGCAGGGCCUGGAGUAGUAAGGACAUUUGCUCAUGUUCUAUUGGCUAGUAUUUGUCACAUGGCCACACUAACUUCUGUGUAAGUUGGAGAAUGUAGUGGAGCUGCCUCAGCAGAAACAGAGUCAGGGUUUGGGUACAGAUAGCUAGUAGAUAGCUAGUUUCUACCUAUAGGAAAGGAAAGGACAAGUGUUAAGAUUAAUACCUAUUUCAUUAGUAAUUGAACAUGAGCCAAGAAAUAAACUAGUAAAUAAUUUCAUUUAUAGCUUAUAUUAACUUUUCCCUCUCUCGCUCUCUCUUUUUUAUUGUAACUCCUGCAUGUUUAAAACAGGGCAUAGAAUGGAAAAAAGUCUAGUGCCAUGGUUCCAUUACAGACUCAAAAACACUGUGAUACUGGUUGCUAGCUGCCUGAGCCAAUGCUCAUCUUCCCCUUUCUGUUAGUAGUAGAAGAUUGCAUUCUUGACUCCAGAUCUUUCCACCUCCCUCUAUCCAUGUAAUUUGUCAAUAAUUUUUGAGUUGGAAACAUAAAGCAAGUACAUGUUUCUGUAACUCAUGUAAUUUGCUUUAGCCAAUCAAAUAAGGCAGAAAUCGCAGUGUACCGAGUUUUGAGCUUACAUCUCAAGAAGUCCUGUGUACUUCUGUUGCUAGUCCAUGAGAAUAUGCCUGGGCUAGUCUGCUGGAAGUUGAGAAACAUGUAGAGCAGAGCUGGGUCAUCCUAGUCCCAUUCGCCACUUCAUUGUUGAGGUCAGCCUAGAUAAUGCAACAGUUAGUCAUCUCUUAAACAAGGGAGAAGCUCAAUCAAGGUCAGAAGAGCUGCCAACCUGACCCUCAGAUGAUCCUAGACAUUUAAGCAAUUGUUGCUACAGAGGUUUUGUGAUUGUUACACAGCAUUAUUAUGGUAAUAGAUCCCUGAUACAGUGCUUAAUAACAUGACUCCAGUUUUGUUUUGUAAGGAGACACACUUAACUGUAAGACAUUUUUCAGUUUCCAUUGCAACUGAAUAUGAAUAUACAUUAAAAUUUCGCAAAUAAGGUGUAAGCACAUAACUUGUUUGAUAUUUUUAGGAUAUCUCUUUAAAGAUAAGAGAUCCUCUUUUGCUUUUCCUCCUUAUCUUCUGGACUACAACAGUGGUGUAAUGACUGGAGAUCCAGCAGCCAACGUGAGCCAUGGAUGACAUUGGGGAUGGAAGCUACUCAAUAAGAUGAUGGAAAGGAAAGAAGUUUCCUGGGUCCUAAUGCAUGGACUUGCCAUACUAACCCUAGAAUAUCUACCAUAACAUUAUUAUUUUUUUAAGAUUUUAUUUAUUUAUUUGACAGACAGAGAUCACAAGCAGGCAGAGAAAGAGAGAGAGAGAGAGAAGCAGGCUCCUUGCCAACCAGAGAGCCUGAUAUGGGGCUCGAUCCUAGGUCCCUGAGAUCAUGACCAGAGCUGAAGGCAGAGGCUCAAGCCACUGAGCCACCCAGGCGCCCCUUACCAUCUUUAUGUGAGAGAAAAUACUUUAUUGUGUUCGUGCCACUGUUAUUUUGAGUUUUACUCAAUACAAAGUUGAACUUAAUCCUGCUUAACACAAGUACUUACUUUGCCAAUUUCAAAGUUUGCUGCUAACCUUGCAACACAUAUUAUAUUCCAUUCAUGGGCAUUUUUCAUAUUCUAUUUUCAUUCUUCCCAUAGAGAUUAUGAAACAGAUGUAACUUCCGAAGGUAAUAAUCAUAGGUAUAAGAGAUAUCUCUGUGAUAGUUCCAGAAAAAUUGCUGGUUGUAUAAAACUGAAGGACAGUAGUGGGCUUGUUAUAGGAAAGACUUGGGAAUCUCGAAAUGUGCAAAGAUCAUCUAAUAGUCAACCAAUCCCUACACAUGUGAGGACAUGUGUACAUUAUAGGAUUGAGAAGAUAAAGACACUGUUCUGGACUCUUAGAGAGGAUCUGAUCAGAAGAAACAGAGGAACUGAAAUCUAUAGGGCUUUAUUAUGUUAAUCCUUUUUACUCUCCAUUAUUCCUGGAAGAGAUUUAUCUGAAUUCAUGCUUCUUCACUGCCAUGAUUUUCUGUGUGAUAUCAGACUUUAAGAGUAAAAAGCUAUAGCUACUGUCUCUCAACCUCUUAGCCCUGCAUAAAGAUAAAAAAAUAAAAUUUUCUUUUCUAAAUACA